AUGGAUGAAAUGAACAAACUCUUCUAUAACGUUAUCGAGAAUAAACGGAAAACUUUGGCUAAUCUGAAGGAUUCAAUUGAAGACACGGAAAAGGACUUGUUGACUUUGAUGCUUGAAGCCGGUGAAGAUACCACAGACACUCAGCAUCGACUUUCGGAUUCAGAACUUCGUGAUGAUUUGGCUAUCUUCUUCUUGGCAGGUCAUGAUACCACUUCCAACGCGCUCUCCUUUGCCAUUUACUUUCUUGCUGCUCAUCCACAUAUCCAAACAAAAGCGCGCGCAGAAGUUAUUGAAAUCUUCGGCGAUGGUGAUGACGCUGUCUAUCCCACUUCAUCACAAUGCUCACAAAUGAAGUAUGUGUAUAUGGUCAUGAAAGAGACGUUAAGAGUAUGCCCACCUGCUCCGAAUACUUCUCCACGUAAAAAUACGGAAAACUUUGAUCUUGCAGGCACAUUCAUUCCCAAAGGAUCUUCCUUGACAGCUGAGAUAUAUGCAUUACAUCAUAACCCAGCUGUUUGGAGAGACCCUGAAACUUUCGAUCCUGAGCGGUUCGGUCCUGGAGGUGAAAGUGAGUUGAAAGCAGGUACUGGUCUCCCUUGGCUUCCGUUCGCAAAUGGUCCUCGACAAUGUAUAGGAAUGAACUUCAGCUUAGCCGAGCAAAAGGUGGUGCUGGCUAUGAUGCUUCGCAGGUUUACCUGGACACUCCCUGUAGACUCCAUCAACAAGGAUCACAUUGUCUUAGGCAAAGGAAUGGGCAUCCUCUCCCCAAAGGAUUUGCGCGUUGACUUCAUCAGACGGUUCUAA